AUGUGGUUCAAAGAUGGUUGUAUGCCUGACUGGUUCUUGAUUGAGGUCCUCUGCAGGGUUCCUAUCAAGUCUGUCUUUAGGUUCAAAAGCGUCUCAAAACAAUGGCUUUCUCUGAUCUCUCAUCCAUCUUUUGCUCGUUUCUACAUUUCUCAAGCCUCAGCUUUGCCAGUGCAGUGCCAGCAAUGGGCAUUUCUCUUCAAGAGAAUGCAUGUGGAGGGUUCUACAAUAUCCCACUUUGCUGAUCAGCAUACUAAGCCACUAGCGAAUAUGUAUUCUUGCAAUCCUACUUCACCAGAUUUUCACAUACUCCCUUUACCAGAUUCUCAGGAAGCGAAGGGGCAAACCUUGGUUUGCUCUUCCUGCACCGAAACAUCUCUUCAAACAGGUCAAUGUGGGUUUGUUACACAAGUUGAGGCAGGAAUAUUAAGAAGUUAUAAAGUUGUUUUAGUUCAUUGUUGUCCUCAGAAACGAGGAUUCCUCGAGUUUGAGAUAUUUUCUUCUGAAUCUGGAAUAUGGGAGGACUUUGUUGUAAAUUCCGGAUGUGCAAUAAGAAUUUCCUGUCACCACAAGCCUAUCUUUUUCGAGGAGAAUCUGCACUGGAGUGAUAGUGAACUUGGAAUUAUAGCCUAUGAUCCUUACAAUAAUCCUAAUGAGUUUCGCAUCAUUGAGUUUCCAACUGAUGCAGACGGGGAAUAUAGCAUGUCAAGAUAUGGUUUCAAUUCUAGUAUGUAUGGUGUUCAUCAAGGAUAUCUGAAGUAUUUUGAAGUUUCUCGUCGACAUCAACAGGGAUUUUCAGACUUCAAAAUAUGGGUUCUCGAGGACUACAACUCUAACAAGUGGUUCCUACAACACACUGUAAGGAAUGAAGAAAUUAUAUGA